AUGACAUCCUCCUCCAUCACAUCAUUCUUUCAUCAAAAGCCAAAUCAAUUGACGAGAAGCUCAACGUUCACUGGCAACAAGUACGAUGCCAAUUCAAUUCAACGUUCAUCCACAUUAUCCAAGGUCAAAAGAUUCGGCUCUAUGCUUGUUCGCACCAAGCAGCAGAGACCAAUGAUCGAUACAACAUCUCCUUCCGUCAGACCAUCGCCAUCUUCUGCUUCACUUAUGUCCUCUGCUACAGCCAACAAUGAAGACUCUGAAGAAGAGGAACAUGUCAUGACACCCAGUUCAUCGACAACACAAUUUAGCAAAGAUGUCAUGAUUACAGUCGUAACAACCAACACUGUCAAUUAUCAAAUGGAUCUGGACAUGAUGUCUGUAACACCAAAAGAUCAAUCCAAUCAACUACCAAUCAUGGUUGAAACAUUGGAGCCGCCGUCAUCGGAGGAACAAGUAACUUCAUUAACAAAGGUCCAGACAACACCCAGCAGUUCGGAUGUAUUCAUGGUCAGGGAGCAAUUAAGAACCAUGUUUGAGCAAAUAGAUGCCGAGAUUGACCAAGAAUUAGAGUCAAAUCAUCUCCUCAUGUUGGCAUCCAUCAAAUCCACACCUCGUACCAUGUAUUAG